GAGGCCUAGGAGCGCCCGGGAGCGCCGGAGCGUCUGCAGCGGCGUCGGGCUCGGGUCCGAGGCGCGGAGCCCGAUGGCCGGGGCGCAGCCGGGGGUGCCCGCCUUGCAGCUGCAGCCCGUGCGCGUGUCGGACGGGCUCAAGCGGGGCGUCAAGUUCGUCAAGUGGGACGAUGACUCCACCAUUGUCACUCCAAUUAUUUUGAGAACUGACCCUCAGGGAUUUUUCUUUUACUGGACAGAUCAAAAUAAGGAGACGGAGCUGUUAGAUCUCAGCCUUGUCAAGGAUGCCAGAUGUGGGAAACAUGCCAGAGCUCCCAAGGAUCCCAAAUUACGAGAACUUCUGGAUGUUGGCAACAUCGGGCGCCUGGAACAUCGCAUGAUAACAGUGGUGUAUGGACCUGACUUGGUGAACAUUUCCCAUCUGAAUCUUGUGGCUUUUCAAGAGGAUGUUGCCAAGGAAUGGACAAAUGAGGUUUUCAGCCUGGCAACAAAUCUGCUGGCCCAAAACAUGUCCAGAGAUGCAUCCUUGGAAAAAGCCUAUACUAAACUUAAACUGCAAGUCACUCCAGAAGGACGCAUUCCUCUCAAAAAUAUAUACCGCUUGUUUUCAGCAGACCGGAAACGAGUUGAAACUGCUCUAGAAGCCUGCAGUCUUCCAUCUUCCAGGAAUGAUUCAAUACCUCAAGAAGAUUUCACUCCAGAAGUAUACAGAGUUUUUCUGAACAACCUCUGCCCUCGACCUGAAAUUGAUAACAUCUUUUCUGAAUUUGGUGCCAAAAGUAAACCAUAUCUUACCGUCGAUCAGAUGAUGGAUUUUAUCAACCUGAAGCAACGAGAUCCCAGGCUCAAUGAAAUACUUUACCCUCCUUUAAAGCAAGAACAAGUGCAAGUUUUGAUCGAGAAGUACGAAUCCAAUAAUAGCCUUGCCAUAAAAGGACAAAUAUCAGUAGAUGGGUUUAUGCGCUAUCUCAGUGGAGAAGAAAAUGGAGUUGUUGCACCUGAGAAACUGGAUUUGAAUGAAGAUAUGUCUCAGCCCCUUUCUCACUAUUUCAUUAAUUCCUCACACAACACCUACCUCACAGCUGGCCAGUUGGCUGGAAACUCCUCUGUUGAAAUGUAUCGCCAAGUGCUCCUAUCUGGCUGUCGCUGUGUCGAAUUGGACUGCUGGAAGGGACGGACUGCAGAAGAGGAACCAGUCAUUACUCACGGGUUCACCAUGACAACUGAAAUAUCCUUCAAGGAAGUGAUAGAAGCAAUUGCUGAGUGUGCAUUUAAGACUUCACCUUUUCCAAUUCUUCUUUCAUUUGAAAACCAUGUGGAUUCCCCCAAACAACAAGCCAAGAUGGCAGAGUACUGCCGACUGAUCUUUGGGGAUGCUCUUCUCAUGGAACCACUGGAAAAAUACCCCCUGGAAUCAGGAGUUCCUCUUCCAAGCCCUAUGGAUUUAAUGUAUAAAAUUUUGGUGAAAAAUAAAAAGAAAUCCCAUAAGUCCUCUGAAGGAAGUGGCAAGAAGAAACUCUCAGAACAAGCUUCCAAUACAUACAGCGAUUCCUCCAGUGUGUUCGAACCCUCAUCUCCAGGAGCUGGGGAAGCUGAUACGGAGAGUGAUGAUGAUGAUGAUGACGACGACUGUAAAAAAUCUUCUAUGGACGAGGGGACUGCUGGGAGUGAGGCCAUGGCCACAGAAGAGAUGUCCAACCUUGUAAACUAUAUUCAGCCAGUCAAGUUUGAGUCAUUUGAAAUUUCAAAAAAAAGAAAUAGAAGCUUUGAAAUGUCUUCCUUCGUGGAAACCAAAGGACUUGAACAACUAACGAAGACUCCCGUGGAAUUUGUAGAAUAUAACAAAAUGCAGCUUAGUAGGAUAUAUCCAAAAGGAACACGUGUCGAUUCAUCCAACUACAUGCCUCAGCUCUUCUGGAAUGCAGGUUGUCAAAUGGUUGCCCUUAAUUUCCAGACAGUAGACCUGGCGAUGCAAAUAAAUAUGGGCAUGUAUGAGUAUAAUGGCAAGAGUGGCUACAGAUUAAAGCCGGAGUUCAUGAGGAGACCUGAUAAGCAUUUUGAUCCAUUUACUGAAGGCAUCGUAGAUGGCAUAGUGGCCAACACAUUAUCUGUUAAGAUUAUUUCAGGUCAAUUUCUUUCUGAUAAGAAAGUUGGGACUUAUGUGGAAGUUGAUAUGUUCGGUUUGCCUGUGGACACAAGGAGGAAGGCAUUUAAGACCAAGACAUCACAAGGAAAUGCUGUGAAUCCUGUUUGGGAAGAAGAACCUAUUGUAUUCAAAAAGGUAGUUCUUCCUUCUUUGGCUUGUUUGAGAAUAGCAGUUUAUGAAGAAGGAGGUAAAUUUAUUGGCCACCGGAUCCUACCAGUACAAGCAAUUCGGCCAGGCUAUCACUAUGUCUCUCUGAGGAAUGAAAGGAACCAGCCUUUGAUGCUGCCAGCUGUCUUUGUCUACAUAGAGGUGAAAGACUAUGUCCCAGAUACCUAUGCAGAUGUGAUUGAAGCUUUGUCAAACCCUAUUCGAUAUGUGAAUUUGAUGGAGCAGAGAGCUAAGCAACUGGCUGCUUUGACGUUAGAAGAUGAAGAAGAAGUAAAGAAAGAGGUUGAGCCUGGGGAAACGCCAUCGGAAGCUCCGAGUGAAGCGAGAACAGCUCCCGCAGAAAACGGAGUGAACCACACCACGUCGCUGACACCCAAACCCGCCUCGCAGGCUCUCCACAGCCAGCCCACUCCGGGCUCUGUAAAAGCACCUGCCAAAACAGAAGAUCUUAUUCAGAGUGUUUUAACAGAAGUGGAAGCUCAGACUAUUGAAGAGCUAAAGCAACAGAAAUCAUUUGUGAAGCUUCAAAAAAAGCACUACAAAGAAAUGAAAGACCUGGUUAAGAGACAUCAUAAGAAAACCACUGACCUUAUCAAAGAACACACUUCAAAAUACAAUGAAAUUCAGAAUGACUACUUGAGAAGGAGAGCAGCUUUGGAAAAGACAGCCAAAAAGGAUAGUAAGAAAAAAUCAGAACCCAGCAGUCCUGACCAUGGUUCAUCAACAAUUGAGCAAGAUCUCGCUGCUUUGGAUGCUGAAAUGACCCAAAAGUUAAUAGAUUUGAAGGACAAACAACAGCAGCAGCUGCUUAAUCUUCGGCAAGAGCAAUAUUAUAGUGAAAAAUAUCAGAAGCGAGAACAUAUUAAACUGCUUGUUCAGAAACUGACCGACGUGGCGGAGGAGUGCCAGAACAGUCAGUUGAAGAAGCUGAAAGAAAUCUGUGAGAAAGAGAAGAAAGAAUUAAAGAAGAAAAUGGAUAAAAAGAGGCAGGAGAAGAUUACUGAAGCUAAAUCCAAAGACAAAAGCCAGAUGGAAGAGGAAAAGACAGAGAUGAUCCGGUCAUACAUUCAGGAGGUGGUGCAGUACAUCAAAAGGUUAGAAGAGGCACAAAGUAAACGCCAAGAAAAACUCGUAGAGAAACAUAAGGAGAUACGACAGCAGAUCCUGGAUGAAAAACCCAAGUUGCAGGUGGAGCUGGAGCAAGAGUAUCAAGACAAGUUCAAAAGAUUGCCCCUGGAGAUUUUAGAAUUUGUGCAGGAAGCCAUGAAAGGGAAGAUUAGUGAAGACAGCAAUCACAGUUCUGCCCCUGCCUCCCUCGCCUCAGAUUCUAGAAAACUGAACCACAAGUCUCCCUCCAGUGAGGAGUUGGAAGGAGACCACCCGGGGAAAGAGUUUGAUACUCCUCUGUAAAAAUUCCUGCCAAAUUUUCAGAAUAUGCAUGGCCACCGAAGCUCCACUGGACUCUCUUAUUUCAAGAUCACUGCCCAGGCGCAUCUUCCUGAGACCCAUCCCUUCAUCUAAGCUCCAUACGAAAGGGAGAGUUCCAGAAGGAUCCUUGCAGCUGUCCCCAUGCUUAGGUUUCACGUGUUCCAUGGAAACUACUGCAAGUCUACUUGUGGAGAAUGCAUGUUUGUGGGGUUUUUAUUUCCUUUCAAAUGUAAAUGUAAAGCAGAAAACGUCCAGGCUCCAGGAAACUUUUAAUGAAGGAAAGCGUUUUCUUUGAAGAAGUUUAAACUCACGUUUUUUAUUUGAAACCCUGGUGUA